AUCCACAACCAAAUAGUGUAAUGCCCAAAAGCAAAUCCCAUGAAAAUGGAAGUACAAGUCUUGUGAGAGGGAAAACUAAAUUGACAAACAUAUAAAGGAAGAUUUUUGAAACUCAUUUAUCAAAUAGGCACAUUUAAUACAGAAAAUGUCCUUCAGGUAUACAUGGAUAGAGACAAUGGCUGGCCGUCUGGAGUGGGCGGUGGAUUCUGGUGCUUCAGUGAUGGUGACAUCUUGUGUUGCGGUGGAGGCUGCACGUGCUUCGGUGGUGGAGACAUCUUGUGUUGCGGUAGAGGCUGCAUGUGCUUCGGUUGUGAAGAUGGAUGUCCAUGAGCAGGUGGAGGGCUAUAGUCUUUAAUAGAAGGUGAGGGCAAUGGAAUGUGGUGAUAUGAUGGCGGUGACGCAAGUGGAGGAGGCGUACUGUGAUGAUCUGGACCCGAUAGUUGCCUACGUGGAGUUGGCGAGUAAGGCGAGGGUGGAUGCCCUGGAGGGUGGCAGUGGCCGUGACCGUGACAGUGAUCAGAUGGUGAGGGUGGUGGAUGCCCUGGAUGGGUUGGUGGGGUCUGCCCGUGAUGAGGUGGAGGGUGGCAGUGGCCGUGACCGUGACAGCGAUCAGAUGGUGAGGAUGGUGGAUGCGCUGGAUGUGUUGGUGGGGUCUGCCCGUGAUGAGGUGGAGGCUGGCAGUGGCCGUGACCGUGACAGUGAUCCGAUGGUGAUGGUGGUGGAUGCCCUGGAUGGGUUGGUGGGGUCUGCCCGUGAUGAGGUGAAGGUGAUAGAUGUCCAUGGGAAUGUGGAGGAUGGCAGUGGCGGUGACCGUGACAAUGAGAGGGUGAGGGCGGUAAAUUGUGGUGAAGUGAUUGCGGUGGUGCAAGUGGAGGUGGCGUACCAUGAUGAGGUGGUGACGAUGGAUGUCCAUGGGAAGGUAGAGGUAGGCAGUUGACCUGAAUGCCACAGUUAGAGGGUAAGGGUGGUGGGUUGUGGUUCUGAGAUUGUGGUUGCAGAUGAUUGCCUUCGUAAACAGCUUCACCUUCUCCUUCAGGGUUCUCCAGAGUUCUGGCGAAGGAAAGAGUUGUACUGCCCAUUACUGCUAGCAGUACCAAAA